AUUUACCCAUCACUCUCAACCCCAUUUGUCCUCUUUUCUUAUUCUUUUUUCUCAAUCAAUCUCUUGGAAUAAUCAACAGGCUAAACUUUUUUCUUAGCCCAAAUUAGCCGGUUAGGUUUUCUGCAAAAUGGGGCGGUCUUCGGAUUGCAAGAAAGGGGUAUUGAAGAGAGGACCGUGGACAGCUGAAGAAGACAAAAUACUGACGGCUUGCAUCCAAAAACAUGGUCUUGGUAGCUGGCGUGCCUUGCCUGAGAAAGCUGGACUUCAACGAUGUGGUAAGAGCUGUCGACUGAGGUGGAUUAACUACCUGAGACCUGAUAUCAAAAGAGGAAAGUUUAGUUUACAGGAAGAGCAGACCAUUAUUCAACUCCAUGCCCUACUUGGAAACAGGUGGUCGGUAAUGGCAGCUCACUUGCCAAAGAGAACAGACAAUGAGAUCAAGAAUCAUUGGAACACACAUCUCAAGAAAAGGCUAAUCAAAAUGGGUAUUGAUCCUAUGACUCACAAGCGUUGGACAGAUGCUUCAAGAUUCCCAUCUGGUCCAGGCAAGAAUGCUUCAAAUUUAAGCCACAUGGCUCAGUGGGAGAGUGCUCGGCUUGAGGCUGAAGCCAGGUUGGUCCGUGAGUCAAAACAGGUUGUGCCAAAUCCAAACGCUAUCGAACCUAAAUACCAGGUUACCCCCACUUCGAGUCAGCGGAUCAGACCAAGGUGCCUCGACGUACUCAAAGCAUGGCAAGGUGUAGUUGCUGGCAUGUUUGCCUUCUCCAGCCAGGAUCUUGGGUCCCCAACCUCAACUCUUAGUUUUCCGGACGGAACGGUUCAAGCCCCUGCCAUUGGACUCACUGGAAAUACCUAUAAAGAUGGUUCAGCCGGAUGGGAAGAAACAGCUGCGGAAUUAAACGGCCAAAAUAGUUUGAAAUGCUUUGAGAAACCAAAUCAGAUGCAAGAACUUGAAGAAAGAAUAAUAGAUAGCAACAUCGAAUUGAAUGGCAUGACGGAUUCCAGCGACAUUGAUGCAUGGUUUGAGGACUCAUUUAAGGUAGGAAAUUGUGAAAAUGCACCUAUUACAAAUAUAAUGGAGGGUUUUGAUUCUGGUGUUCUGAAUGCAUCGAUGGGUGUCGAGAAAGCAACCGAAGGCUGCAGUGGUAUCAUAGUGGAGAAUAGUAUUCGCUGGGAUAGUGUACUUAACUUAGUGAAUUCUUCACCAUAUGGCUCGCCUGUGUUUUGAUAAUGUCUUAACAAUAAUAAUUAAGGUUAUGCUGUGGUAUAUUCAUUUUUUUGUAACAAUGAAAAGUUUCUUGUUUUUCAUAGUUUUCUUCCACUAUAUACUAAUUGCAGCAUCAUUAUUUUCUCUUAAAUCUCUAAUCUCAAGCAGUGUACAAUGGAAUGUUGUUAGAGUAUGUGUAGGGACAG